AUGUCUUUUAGCGUGGAAACAGUAGCUACCAAGGCUUUCCAGGACCAAAAACCUGGUACUUCAGGUUUGAGAAAGAGAACCAAAGUCUUCGCUGAAGAACCAAACUAUACUGAAAAUUUCAUUCAAGCCAUCUUAGAGGCCAUCCCUGAAGGUGUCAAGGAUUCUGUUCUUCUUGUUGGUGGUGAUGGUCGUUAUUACAACGACGUCGUCCUGCAAAAAAUCGCCGCCAUUGGUGCUGCUAACGGUGUGAAAAGGUUAGUCGUUGGUCAAAACGGGAUACUUUCUACGCCUGCGGCUUCUCACGUUAUUAGAAGUUACUCAAAGGCUAAAGUAACCGGUGGUAUUAUUUUGACCGCGUCUCACAAUCCUGGUGGUCCAAACAACGAUUUCGGUAUCAAGUACAAUUUGGCUAAUGGUGGUCCAGCUCCUGAAAAUGUCACCAAUGCCAUGUGGGAGGCUUCAAAGCGUUUGACUUCCUACAAGAUCGUUACCGAUUUCCCACAUGUCGAUCUCUCUGCCUUGGGGGAAAAACAGUAUGGAUCUUUAACUGUCGAUGUCAUUGACUCUACCAAGGCAUAUGUGGAUUUUCUAAAGACCAUCUUUGAUUUCCCUCUAAUCAAAUCUUUUGUGAACCAUCAGAGAGAAACCAAGAAUUGGAAACUUUUAUUCGAUGGUCUGAACGGUGUUACUGGUCCUUACGGCAGAGCUAUCUUUGCUGAUGAAUUGGGAUUACCUGAAGACGAAGUCUUACAAAAUUGUCACCCUAAACCAGAUUUCGGUGGGCUACACCCAGAUCCAAAUCUGACCUACGCACGUACUUUGGUCGACAGGGUUGAUCGCGAGAACAUUGCAUUCGGUGCUGCCUCUGAUGGUGACGGUGACAGAAAUAUGAUUUACGGUGCAGGCCCUGCAUUUGUAUCCCCUGGUGACUCUGUUGCCAUUAUUGCGGAAUAUGCAUCUGAGAUCCCAUAUUUCCAAAGAGAAGGUAUCUAUGGAUUAGCACGUUCUUUCCCCACCUCACAAGCCAUCGAUCUUGUUGCCAAGCACCACAAUUUGUCAUGCUAUGAAGUUCCUACCGGAUGGAAAUUCUUCUGUGCCCUAUUCGACGCCAAGAAAUUAUCCAUCUGUGGUGAAGAAUCCUUUGGUACUGGUUCAAACCACAUCAGAGAAAAAGAUGGUCUUUGGGCCAUUAUUGCAUGGUUAAACAUCUUAGCCAUUUACCAUAAGAGAAACCCUGAAAAGGAUGUGUCUAUAAAGACCAUUCAAGAUGAAUUCUGGGACAAAUACGGUAGAACUUUCUUCACCCGUUACGACUACGAAAACGUUUCCGGUGAAGCUGCCAACAGGGUGAUUGAAUUUUUCCAGAAUUUCGUUAGUCAGCCUGGUGUUAAAGGUUCCAACUUUCCACUAGAUGAAUCUUUGAAGGUGGUCGAUGCGGGAGAUUUCGAGUACAAAGAUCUGGAUGGAUCCGUAUCAUCUAACCAAGGCUUGUUCCUCAAGUUGUCAAACGGUGUAAGAACUGUACUAAGAUUAUCAGGAACAGGCUCAGCAGGUGCCACGAUUAGACUUUACGUGGAACAGUACAGCGACGACGCUUCCAAAUACGGUUUAACAGCAGAGGAAUUCCUAAGACCCGCAAUUCAACAAUUGGUUAGUUUUUUCAAGUUCCAAGAAAUCUUGGGUACUGAGACACCAACUGUUAAGACCUGA